CUUAUGGUGCUAGUUCUCGGGUGGGUGUUUGUUCCCAUCUACAUCAAGGCAGGGGUGAUGACCAUGCCAGAAUACCUCAGGAAGCGGUUUGGUGGGAAACGGCUCCAGAUCUACCUCUCAGUCCUCUCCCUCUUCAUGAUGGUGGCCAUCCAAAUCUCUUCAAGCAUAUUUUCCGGAGCCAUAUUCAUUCAACUAGCUUUGGGAUUGAAUCUUUACCUGGCAAUCUUCAUCCUCUUGGCUAUCACUGCUGUUUACACAGUUGCUGGGGGCUUGGCCUCAGUGAUCUACACAGAUACUAUCCAGGCUUUUAUCAUGCUGGUUGGUUCUUUAAUUCUCAUGGGGUUUGCAUUUGCUGAAGUCGGAGGCUAUGAGAGCUUUACAGAGAAAUACAUGAAUGCCAUCCCCUCUGUAGUUGAGGGGGACAACCUGACAAUCAGCCCCAAGUGCUACACUCCUCAGCCAGACUCCUUCCACAUCUUCCGAGAUCCCAUCACUGGAGACAUUCCAUGGCCAGGACUGAUAUUUGGAAUGACCAUUUUAGCUAUCUGGUACUGGUGUGCAGACCAGGUCAUUGUACAGCGCUGCUUGUGUGGCAAGGACAUGUCUCAUGUGAAGGCUGCCUGCAUCCUCUGUGGCUACCUGAAGCUGCUGCCCAUGUUCCUUAUGGUGAUGCCAGGGAUGAUCAGCCGGAUUCUGUACACAGAUAAGGUGGCCUGCGUUGUGCCUUCUGAGUGUGUGAAACAGUGCGGCACUGAAGUUGGCUGCACCAACUACGCCUACCCUACACUGGUCCUGGAAUUGAUGCCUAAUGGACUUCGAGGCCUGAUGCUGUCAGUCAUGUUGGCCUCUCUCAUGAGUAGCCUGACCUCCAUCUUCAACAGCGCCAGCACCCUCUUCACCAUGGACCUCUACACCAAGAUGAGGAAGAAGGCAUCUGAGAGAGAGCUCCUGAUUGCUGGACGGCUCUUCUCCAUCGUUCUAAUCGUCAUCAGCAUCCUGUGGGUCCCACUGGUACAGUCAUCACAGAAUGGACAGCUGUUCCACUACAUAGCAUCAUUUUCUAGCUACAUCGGGCCUCCCAUCGGUGCUGUCUUCAUGCUUGCCAUCUUCUUUAAAAGAGUCAAUGAGCAGGGAGCAUUCUGGGGGCUAAUGGCUGGACUUGUGAUGGGCCUUAUUCGUAUGAUCACAGAGUUUGCAUAUGGAACAGGGAGUUGCUUAGCUCCCAGUAACUGUCCAACGAUUAUCUGUGGAGUGCACUAUAUGUACUUUGCCGUCAUUGUGUUUUUCGUGACCGUAUUAAUAGUCCUGGGAAUCUCCUUCCUAACAAAACCAAUUCCUGAUGUUCAUCUAUACCGCCUGUGCUGGAGUCUUUGGAACAGCACAGAAAAGCGGAUUGACUUAGAUGCAGAAGAGGAAAGUCAUGAAGAAGUUGGUAGUGCUCUUGAAGAAGAUGAUUCUGAGCAAUCCCGUGGAUGUCUCAAGAGGGUAUGCGGCUUAUUCUGUGGUUUGCAGAACACAGGGCCUAAGCUAACCAAAGAGGAGGAAGAAGCCCUAAGGGAAAAAUUUACUGACACUUCUGAAAAGCCCUUUUGGAGAAAUGUGGUGAAUAUCAAUGCCAUCCUCCUCCUGGCUGUGACUGUUUUUGUCCAUGCCUAUUUUGCCUGAACUCUGAACGAAGCGAAGAGUAACUGUUGAACUUCCUUUUAUAAAUGUUUGCUCUGUGACAAACUUAGAUGACCAAUUGGAAAUGUUAAAUAGUAGAUUGCUAUGAAAAUUUCUUGUUUUUAGCAUUUAGCCUUUGUGUCAAUGAGGUAAAAAUUAUUUUUCUCCUCUCUAUUUAGAUAUAACUUGAAAUGAAAAUUGUAUAUAUUUAAGGUAUACAUGGUGAUUUGAAAUGUACACACACUUUGAAAUAAUUACCAUGAUCAGACUAAUACGUCUAUCAUUCCAUUUGGUCAUUUGUAUGUUUGUGGUGAUAAUGCUUAAGAGCUGUUCAUUUAGCAAGUUUCAGCUACAUAGACUAUUUUUAUGUAUGGUCACAAUUCCAAGAAUUUUUUUAUAUGAAAGUUUAUUUCCUUUGAUCAUAUCUCCUUAUUUCAAAAGUUUACAACUUAUAAAAACUUGGACCAUCAAUAUUUGUGGUGGUUUGAAUGAGACUAGCCCUUACAGGCUCAUAUAUUUAGGUGCAUAGUCACCAGGGAGUAGAAUUGUUUGGGAAGGAUUGGAAGGAUUAGGAGGUGUGGCCUUGUUGGAGAAAAUGUGUCCCUGGGGGUGGGCUUUGAGGUUUCAAUAGCCUAUGCCAGGCCCAAUGUCUUGCUCUCUGCCUGCUGCCUGCUUAUGAGGCAGAUAUAGAGCUCUUGGCUACUGUUCCACUCUCUGCCUGUCUGCUUCCCAUCAUAAUGAGCAUAGACUAACCCUCCAAAACUGUAAGCAAGCUCCCAGUUAAAUGCUUUCUUUUAUAAGAGUUGCCUUGGACAUGGUGUCUCUCCACAGCAGAAGAACAGUAACCAAGACAGUAUUCAUUGGAUGUUAUGUAAAAUGACAAUGAAUCAGUGUCAUGUGGCUACAUAAACAAACUUGCUUUCUCCUGUGCAUAUGAUUCAAGACAAUUUCUCCUCACCAAUUAUUUCUGAGGAGUGAGCUUCCUUAUGCUUUAUAUCUGUAACUUACAAAUAUUUGUUAUAUAUUUGUAUAUUUGCCUUGUGUAUAUACCACCCCCCUGAAAAAAAAAAGAA